AUGGCACCAACACAGAUGCAGCUGGAGGAUUGUAUGUCCAAGAGGCAGCUUCAGAGUCGUUCCUCGUCCAAGUCUCGUCGACUAAUCAACCUCGCAGGGCUCGAUGACCUCUGUGUCCGCUUCAUCAUAAACCUCCCCCAGGAGGAUCUCUCCUCGGUGGCCCGUAUCUGCUUUCAGGUCGAGGAAGCUCAAUGGUUCUACGAAGAUUUUAUUCGGCCUCUGGACCCCUCCCUGCCGUCCAUGUCGCUGCGAACAUUCUGUCUUCGAAUCUUCCAGCACUGUCCGCUCUUGGCCUCCUUCUCGGUCGAGAACCAUACGAAGGCGUUUGAAGAAUUUCUCCAGUACAAAACUAGAGUCCCCGUCCGAGGUGCCAUCAUGCUGAAUCAUGCCAUGGACUCGGUCGUUCUGGUCAAGGGAUGGAAGAAAGGAGCCAACUGGAGUUUCCCCCGAGGCAAGAUCAACAAGGACGAAGACGACCUGGACUGUGCGGUCCGGGAGGUCUACGAAGAGACCGGUCUCGACCUGGGCGCCGUCGGCCUGGUACCCAACGGGAAAAGAACGAAAUACAUCGAAAUCGCCAUGAGGGAGCAGCAACUGCGCCUCUAUGUAUUUCGGGACAUCCCGAUGGACACGCACUUCCAACCCCGAACGAGAAAGGAGAUUAGCAAGAUUCAAUGGUACAAGCUCUCGGAGCUGCCGACAUUUCGCAAGAGGGGUGCGCAAAAUCAAACCGAGCCGGCCGCUGCGUCUUCCCACGCCAACAACAACAACAAGUUUUACAUGGUUGCGCCCUUUUUGGUGCCGCUCAAGAAAUGGAUCGCGUCGCAGAAGAAGCUGGAGGAACCAAACACAGCCAGCGCACCUCAUAAGCAGCUGCACCAUCAACCGCACUCGGAGGAGGCUGCGACGACCGAGGACGACUCGUGGGCACCAACGCAGCAUGAUGCGCCGAAUCACGGCGGUCCCGCUGUCGGCAUGCUCGACGGGGCGACGAGGGAACUGCAGCGCCUCCUGAAAAUGCAGCCAUCCACCCAGGGUCUCCAGCCUGCCGCCACUCACGAGGACAAGGGCGUCGCCCUCCUCUCCUUGCUUCAGGCCAAUACGUCCCAAACGCCGUCGACUCGGGCACCGCAAACAUCGCAGGACGUAACGGCAGCGGCGCCGCCGCAACCUCGCCAUGCCCACCAUCCUGCACAUCAGUAUCCGGUGCCCUUCGAUGCUGCGCCGCAGGGGCCCGCUCCGGCUUUCCAUGCCGCCGCGAACCAAUCGCUGCCGUCUUGGAAUCCUACCCAGGUGUCUGGAGCUGCCGCCCAUGGCCCGCCGAACGGCAUCCCUAACCAUGCCCAAUACGACGGGGCGAUGCACCAACAAGCAGCGCUGGUGCACCCCCAGCCGAUACCGCAAGUCCAACGAGCCAUGUUCGGCCAAAGCACCUUUCCGGUGGCGCCGAGAGCCCCGCAAGCGAUCGACUUGGCGCACGGUCGACAGGACAACCGUCAGCCAUCUCACGGCCAGGUUCCUCGGGAAGCUCAUGGCCCGCCAUCAUCCGCGGCCGUUCAGCUCAACGGGCAGUCAAUGGCGCUUCUGAACGCCUUCAAGCGUGACUCUGCGCCGAAUCCCUCGGCUCCGUCGAAGCAGGAUGGGCGGCACCGCGAGGCUGCUGCCCCGAGCGAGCCGUCGGCGAGCAGCAUGCCCUCGUAUUCGUUGGCUCAGGUACCUCCCAACCUGUUGCAUCGCUCGGACGAGAACGCGUCACACCAGAAAAGUGCCUUGGAGUUGGCGGGCACGGCAGUCGAAGCUCCGACCGAUGUGCACAGGUCGGCAUUGCUGGGCAUGUUCAAGACUGCCGGCCCUGACGUGGGCAGGAAGUUUUCCGUCGCGAAGAGCACGGUUCCCGGCGGCGAGGUUGAAGAGAACGACGGCGUACCGCUGCAGAACCCGCAUUCCGGAGAUGGAGGGAGCCGGGGGCCGCCCCCUGUGCGUCAGCCUCUCCUUCAUUCUGGAGCGGAUGCACAUGCGAGCGCGUCCGGCUCGGGCCCAUGGGAAAGCAUGGUACCUCGCCGGCCUUCCAACACUCAUGAUGCCGUUGGGGGUAACGCCGUUGGUGGCAGCGAGCCGCCAGCAUGGCCGACUCACGUUCACAGCGGCCUCCAUGUCCACAAAGAACAGCAUGCGCCGGCCAUGACGUCGACAUACGGGCCGCCUGGCCAGCCCCAUACUGGACAGAUGGGCAACCCGGAUGCCAACUCGGCGCCGCCGCCGGGCGGGCCCAAUCGUCGACCCGAGCCAUCCAAGGACCAAAAACGACAGCUAUUAUCCCUAUUCGGCAAGCAGGGUAGCUCAUCUCCCGGAAUGGCACCCGAUAAAGCGGGGGGAUCGAGAAGCCGGGUUGCCUCGGUCGCGGCUGGAGGUGGUGAGCAGCCAUGUGGCGCGUUGUCGUCGGCGCGGAGGGGUACCGAGACACCCUUGUCCCCGGCAGAUCAAACCUUUUUGCUGGAGUACUUGCACACGGUGACGAACAACACGGCGCGCUAA